CGGAAGCAACUGUCCCUUCGAGGUCAACAUGGCGGCGCACAGCGCGUGAAGAGGACACCAGCUGCAGCUGGUUAAACGCGGAGAACAUGUUUAAGACGCCAUGUAGUCGUGCAGCAGGUCUGUUUGGUGCCAGUGUGAACCCGACGCUCCUAAUAAACGCACGCAGAAGUCAGCCGAGUGUCCGGACUCUGGUGCAGCUCUGCAGGAGCGACCCAGCGCAAUGGAUCACCUUCCAGCACCUGCGUUUCCUCAAGCGGCAGUAUGUGAAUGUGAGCAGUGUUCUGAGCCAGGGAGCCCGGCCGAAGCAGGAGCCGGCGAUCUCCACGCUGGAGGAAAGAGAUGAUGCGGUUCUCAGGCAGAUCCAGGAGAUCCCAGACAUUAAACCCGCGUCCGAUGUGGAAGGUCCAAGCACUGCUGAUGAGCCGGAGGCAGUCAGACAGGCUCGGAUCGAGGCCCGGCAGUGGAAGGAGCUGAGCGUAAACUACUCCGAUUUACCGGGGAUCUACGCUCGGCUCUCAAAAAUCAAACUCACGGCGCUUGUGGUCACAACAGCGGCAGCGGGAUUUGCCAUGGCUCCUGUGCCCUUUGACCCCAUCACCUUCACGCUGGCCACAGUUGGAACAGGUCUCUCUUCAUGUAUGGCCAAUUCUAUUAACCAGUACUUCGAGGUCCCCUUUGAUUCCAACAUGAACCGUACCAAGAACAGGCCAUUAGUCCGAGGACAAAUAAGCCCCCUCCACGCCGUAUCAUUCGCUCUGGCCUGUGGGAUUCCCGGCGUGACCUUGUUGACCCUGGCUGUGAAUCCUCUGACAGGCUUCCUGGGGGCUCUGAACAUCUUCCUGUACACGUGUUGUUACACGCCGCUGAAGCGUCUCAGCAUCACCAACACGUGGGUGGGUUCAGUGGUGGGGGCAAUUCCUCCGAUCAUGGGCUGGACCGCUGCUACAGGCGCUCUUGAUCCAGGUGCUCUGCUGUUGGGGGCGUUCCUCUACUCGUGGCAGUUCCCUCACUUCAACGCUCUGAGCUGGAACCUGCGAGAGGACUACUCGCGCGGUGGCUACCGCAUGAUGUCGGUCACCCACCCGGCACUGUGCAAGCGGGUGGCUCUCCGCCACAGCGUGGCCCUGAUCGGCCUGUCCACGCUCGGCCCCGUGCUGGACGUCACCACCUGGACUUUCCCGCUCAUCUCUCUGCCCAUCAACCUGUACAUCAGCUACCUGGCCUUCCGCUUCUAUCAGCGUGGCGAGCGCCAGAGCGCCCGCAAGCUCUUUUUCUGUAGCCUUUGGCACCUGCCCAUGCUGCUGCUGCUCGCCCUCACCUGCAAGAAGAGACGCCCAGCUGAGGAGGCGGGGCCAACCGGGUCCACUGACACACCUAUCGCAUUACACGCUGCUUCUUCCUAAACCACUUUAAAUAGCUUUAUUUUUAGUUUUCAUCAAGAAUGGCAGCUCGGAUUGAUCAGUGCAAGAGCGUACACCGAGUAAAGAUGAAAAGUCUGAUCUGACUAUACGGUUGAUAAAGAUAAAAUUCCUGGACUCUCUCAGGUCUGUAAGUCUGAAAAGUGUGUAAAUAUGUUAAAUGUUUAAUAAAAUAUCCAUCCGCGCAAUAGCAGAAGCCAGAAUCAUUGACUCAGCGAAUGAGUCACUUUUAAAUGAUAGGAAAUUAGAUCCAGAUUUGGAUCUGGAGCACUCUGGAGCAUGUAAUGCUUCACUGUCCUGAGUUGCAGCUCAGGUGUAAAGCCAAAAAAUUCUUAUAUCCUGUAACUCAAUUGCUAAGCGAGCCGGCCACACAGUGCUGCGCUAGAUUUUGUCAUGACUGGACCCCGUUUCCCUAAUAUGGUGCUGGUGCUAGUUCAGAGAACUACAGAAUCUUUUCACACCUGAGCCACGUUUCCACUGAUUUAAGAGUUGAACUUUUAUUUAAUUGGAUGUGAGAGCCAAAAUAAAUUCGUCCAGCGUCGAUACACAACACAAUGAUGUCAUGGACAUUCACUUUGUUGCUAGUAAAAUGGUUAUUUAUUCUUCAGUGACUGGUCUACUUUUAUUGUUUUUCAAUCAAUAUUUUUUUUUAACCCAAUGCAAUGUUCAUGGCGUGUUUUAUAUUUUAUUUACAAUCAUGUAAAUAAAGAAGAUUGUCUAUUUGUUCUACACUUAGCUGGCCACAAGCUUCAGAAUGCUGAGUGCUGUAAUCUGAUUGGCUGUCCACACUCCCUCCUUAACACAUUUUAGUCAAUUUUUUUUUUUUAACAGAAAAACAAGCUUAUGCAUAAGUACCAGACUCUGUAGCAAAAGCUAGAAGUUUUCUCACGAGACUACCAGUUCUAGCAUUUUGGUGCAGAGAGUCAACUCUGGAAAAGUUCAGCUUUAGUUCCUGCCUCAAGAAUCAGCACUGACUCAUCAGGUAGAAAAGGGUUCUGUGAUACUCCAGAGAGAGAGAGAGAGCACCUUGGCGUUGGCUUUCCUGCCGUCCUCCAUACUGUAUACAACCUCAUGAUGUUGUGUAAUGUCUACAUCUGACCUCACUGUAUAAAUAUAUCAUCUGUGUGGGAUAUUAAAGAACAUGUGUUCUUUAAAAUAAAUGCGUUUUAAUCCA